CACACUAACAGAACAGUGUUUGAUAGGAUGAAGUAAAACACGAAACGGCACGGGGAUUUUAAUCGAGUCAUAUUUGUUAUUUACUUAAUAGUUAUUGUUAUGGAUAGUUAGUCUUUCAUAUUCUAUGAACAGUAAUCGGAACAUUUUCUUAAUUUGGUCUUUUGUCGUUACAUUGCAGAAUGAUAACUUACUAGCCAACAUUAGCUAGCAGUCCUGUGCUAACAUGUUCCUGUCUAUAUAGCUUUUAACGCUAUUAAUGAGUGUUAUUUCCUAAUCGAACCUCAACGACGACGGCGCUCACAAAGAAGUGCUUCUGGUAGUGACACAUUAGGAACACUUUAUAAGGCAGAUUAAGUCAAUUUCUAUACUGCAAUUUUACAUUAGCAGUAAGCCAUGCCUACCGUGGUCUUGAUGGACGUGUCCCUGUCCAUGACACGACCAGUGUCACUGGAUGGUAGCGAGGAGUUUCAGAGGAAGAACCUGGCUGUCCACGGACUUAAUAUGUUGUUUGAACACAUGGCUUCAAACUACCGCUUAGAAUUCACGGCGCUGAUGGCUUUUUCUUCACUCUGGGAGUUAUUGGUUCCUUUCACAAGGGACUACAAUGCAUUACAGGAAGCCCUAAGCACCCUAGAGGACUAUGAUAAGACAUGUGUUGAAUCAGCUCUUCAUGGAGUUAGUAACGUUGUUCAGCAGGAGUGGGGCAGUGCUUGUCCCUGUCAGGUGGUGCUAGUAACAGAUGGAUCACUUGGAAUCGGAAAGGGUUCCCUACGCCACUCUCUCCAAACCCUGAAACAACGAGGGGAUGAAAAGAAGUUCCCACUUCCAUUUCCUUUCCCUACAAAACUGUUCAUCAUGUGUAUAGCCAAUGCAGAAGAGCUACAAAUGACUGAUGCCAUGGACAACUUAGAGGAGGUACUUCGUCUCAGUGGAGGGGAUGGACAGAUCUUCACUAUGGAUGGACCACUUUGCAUGAAGAGCGUCCAAACCAUGUUUGGGAGGCUGAUUGAUUAUGCAUACUCUCCCUUCCAUGCGGUGCUGCAUUGUGGGAACCUGUCGUCAGAUGUUCAGGUGUUCCCUCGUCCUGAGCCUGUUGUGGUGGAUGAAGAAGUGGAGCCCAUGCCCCGAACAGUCAGCACAGAUCUGGAAAUUGUGGGAUUCAUCGAAAUAGCUGACAUUUCCAGUCCUCCUGUAAUAUCAAGACACUUGGUACUUCCAAUUGCUGUGAACAAAGACGUGGAUGAAGUUGGUACAGGAGCCGCGGAUGAGCUUGAAGAGGAACCUUCUGCCAGUCAAAUGGCAGGCAAAAGUCCAAAUUUUUGUGUUCUUCUACAUGGAAGUCUGAAGGUUGAGGGAAUGGUGGCACUGGUCCAGCUGGGGCCAGAGUGGUUUGGUAUGUUGUAUUCUCAAGCAGACAGCAAGAAGAAGUCUAACCUGAUGAUGUCUCUGUUUGAGCUUGGGGCAGAGCCUCUGCCUUGGCUGGGCAAGAUCUCAUAUUUGGGACCAAUUUCAGAGGCUGCUGAAAAUCCCUACGGAGAGGAUGAUAGUAAAAGUCCAUUCCCUGUGCAACCACAAGUCAAACGAAGCUAUGCCCAGAAUGUCACUGUGUGGAUUAAGGCCAGUGGACUACAGACUGAUGUUCAGAAGAUACUAAGGAAUGCAAGGAAAUUGCCAGAUAAAACUCAGACCUUUUAUAAGGAGCUCAACCGUCUACGAAAGGCUGCUUUGGCUUUCGGUUUUUGGGAGCUCUUAAAGGGAGUGGCUGAUCUGCUGGAGAGGGAGUGCACCCUGCUGCCAGACUCGGCCCAUCCUGAUGCUGCUUUCCAGCUCACCCAUGCAGCACAGCAGCUCAAACUAGCCAGCACUGGCGACUCGCAGUAUGCUGCUUUUGAUCACAACAUUGCUCCCAUGCACACUGAUUUCUCAAGCUGAGCCAGUUUGUAUAAAUGGACUAAAGAUGCUGCAGCCUGAACCAGUGUGGACCGACGUGAGGCAGUACUGGAUCUUUCCAGAAUGUUUAUAGAUUUUUUUUUUUGUGAUAGACAUAGGUCAAAUGGAUAAAUGAAAAUGUUAGUCUGUACAUAUUUUUUUUAAACAUUUUUCAGUUUUUUUUUAUUGGUCAGAUUGAAAUUGAAUCAUCUUUCAGUACAACCACAAAUACAGGAUGCGUAAAAAUUUGCAUUCAAAAAUCAAAUGAU